AUGUCUUCAAGAAAAAAGGUUCUUUUGAAGGUAAUAAUUCUGGGUGACAGCGGCGUUGGAAAAACUUCCCUCAUGAAUCAGUUUGUCAACAAGAAAUUUUCCAAUCAGUACAAGGCUACUAUAGGCGCAGAUUUUCUCACGAAAGAGGUAAUUGUGGAUGAUCGCAUUGUCACAAUGCAAAUUUGGGAUACUGCGGGUCAAGAACGUUUCCAGUCUUUGGGAGUUGCGUUCUACCGUGGGGCGGAUUGCUGCGUAUUAGUUUUUGACGUAACGGCCCCGAAUACGUUCAAGUCCUUGGAGAGUUGGCGAGAUGAGUUCUUGAUACAAGCGUCGCCUCGUGACCCUGACAACUUCCCCUUCGUGAUUCUAGGUAAUAAAGUGGACUUGGAUAACCGCGCUGUGUCCGCCAAACGAGCCCAGCAAUGGUGUCAGAGCAAAAAUGAUAUCCCCUACUUUGAAACCAGUGCCAAAGAAGCAGUUAAUGUAGAAUUAGCUUUCCAAACUAUAGCUCGCAAUGCGCUGGCACAGGAAACAGAAGCUGAACUGUAUAACGAGUUUCCAGACCAGAUCAAGCUGAAUGCUAAUGAUAACAAUCGCAACAGAGAUGGCGACAACUGUGCUUGCUAG